UUAGCUAGUCCACUCAAUUAUUGUAAAUUCAUUCAUUUUUCAAACUCAACUCAUCUACAUACUCUCCCUCCACUCCCGCCACAUCACCACCCCCCUCCACGUCACCCCCAUUUUGAAAAUUUGAAUCUUUAAUCCCAUUUUUCCCUUAAAAAUUCAACAAAAAAACAAAACACAAAAAAAAUACUAUUUGACAAUUACUCCGUCGUCCUCACUACCUCUCUCACCAGUCACCAGUUAUUGGUCCUCUCUCUUUCUCUCUCCUCCCUUCAUCUUCUCUCUCUUCUGCAACAUUUCUUCAAACUUCACACUUCCAAAUUCUCUCUAUUCAAAAAAUUUAAACAAUAAUGCAGUUUCUUCUUUUGUCAUAGACAUCCAUGUGAAAAUCUCUGACAAAUUCUUCUUUCUUUCACUUUCUCUCUCCUCCAUUUUUUUUUCUUCUUCCUUCAAUUUCAAGUUUUCGUUUACAUUUUCGAUUUCUUCUCCAAAAUUAUACUACUUUUGUAUUGAUUGUUGAUUUGGUGGAAGUUUUUUCCGAAAAACGACGUCGUAUCUGUAGUAGAUGUCGUCAAGAGCACGAAGUAGUUCACCGUUUAGUUACAGGAGAACUUCAAGUCCGUAUUCAUCUUCUUCUUCAACGUCGUCGUUUAUGAACACUAGUGGCCGGUUUAUUCCCCGGUCUAACAGCUCAUCUUCUUCGUCUUUUCACGGUUCAACCGGUAAUAAUAAUAAUAAUUUCGGUUCAAGAUCUAUGACGCCGAACCGGAGUUAUGGAGGUCAAUCACCAGUCGCUUUUUCACCGUCUGAUGAGUUGCUUCCUGAACCGUUCGAUCCUCCUAGAUCCACAGCUGAUAGUAUUUCUGUCACUGUUAGAUUUCGUCCUAUGAGUGAGAGAGAGUACAAUAGAGGAGAUGAUGUUUCGUGGUAUCCAGAUGGUGAUAAGACUGUUCGAAGCGAGUUUACUCCGGCAGCUGCUUAUGCAUUUGAUAAGGUUUUCGGACCAAAUGCGACGACGGAGGAAGUUUAUGAUGUGGCAGCUCGGCCGGUUGUUAAGACUGCAAUGGACGGUAUUAAUGGAACAGUGUUUGCUUAUGGUGUUACCAGUAGUGGAAAGACACACACUAUGCAUGGGGAUCAAAGUUGUCCUGGUAUCAUUCCACUGGCAAUCAAAGAUGUUUUCAGCAUUAUACAAGAAACUCCUGGGCGAGAGUUCCUGCUUCGUGUGUCCUAUCUCGAGAUCUAUAAUGAGGUUAUAAAUGAUUUGCUUGAUCCAACUGGUCAAAAUCUGCGUGUUCGAGAAGAUGCCCAGGGAACUUAUGUUGAAGGCAUAAAGGAAGAGGUUGUUUUGUCUCCUGGUCAUGCACUAUCUUUUAUCGCUGCUGGUGAAGAGCAUCGCCAUGUUGGUUCUAACAACUUUAACCUAUUCAGUAGUAGAAGCCACACCAUAUUUUCACUGAUGAUAGAGAGUGGUUCCCAUGGUGAUGAGUAUGAUGGGGUGGUAUUCUCACAACUGAAUUUGAUUGACCUUGCUGGAUCUGAGAGCUCCAAAACUGAAACAACAGGUUUAAGAAGAAAGGAAGGAUCAUAUAUCAAUAAAAGUCUUUUGACUCUUGGAACUGUCAUCGGGAAACUCAGUGAGGGGAAGGCAUCUCAUAUUCCAUACAGAGAUUCAAAACUUACUCGUCUUCUGCAGUCUUCUCUCAGCGGCCGUGGACACGUUUCACUUAUAUGCACAGUUACCCCCGCUUCUAGUAGUAUGGAGGAGACUCAUAAUACUCUGAAAUUUGCUAGCAGGGCAAAGCGUGUGGAGAUUUUUGCUUCGCGUAAUAAGAUCAUUGACGAGAAGUCCUUAAUUAAAAAGUAUCAGCGCGAAAUUUCAACUCUUAAGGAAGAACUUGAUCAACUAAGGAGAGGAAUGCUUGUUGGAGUUAGUCAUGAGGAGAUUUUGACCUUAAAACAGAAGUUGGAAGAAGGUCAAGUUAAAAUGCAAUCAAGAUUGGAGGAAGAAGAAGAAGCAAAGGCUGCUCUUAUGAGUAGAAUACAGAGGCUGACUAAAUUAAUACUUGUUUCUUCAAAAAACAAUAUCCCUUCCAUUUUGGGUGAUGUUGCUGGAUUCCAGAGAAGUCAGUCUGAUGUUAAAUCAGAGCUCGGGGAGAGUGAGAAUAAUAAGGAUUCCCCGUCUGCACUUCCAGACCCUCCUGGUGAUUACCAACAAAGAUCUGCUAGCCAUUGGAAUGAUGAACUCUCUGCUGUUGGCAGCAUACUCACUGAAUCUAAUCAAGCUGGUGAACUUGUCAGUGGUUCAAACUUGACUGAUGAUAUAACUGCAUCUGAUGAGAUGGACCUUCUUGUGGAACAAGUGAAGAUGCUUGCUGGUGAAAUUGCUUUCAGUACAAGCACACUUAAACGCUUGGUUGAGCAAUCUUCAAAUGAUCCAGAUGCCUCACGAAGUCAAGUCCAUAAUUUGGAAUGUGAAAUCCAAGAAAAGAGGAAGCAGAUGAGGCUUUUAGAACAGCGCAUAAUCCAGAGUGGUGAGGCUUCAGUAGCUAGUGCGUCAUUGCUUGAUAUGCAGCAGACUGUUGUAAGAUUGAAGACUGAGUGCAGCCAAAAGGGAUUUGAAUUAGAGAUAAAAGCAGCAGACAACCGGAUUCUUCAGGAACAACUUCAAAAUAAGUGUUCAGAUAAUAUAGAACUACAAGAGCGGAUAAAUGUUCUGGAGAAGCAGGUGGCUUCACUAGGUGGGGAGUUGUGCUCACCUUCUGAACAGCGUACAACUGAUGAAUAUACUGAGGAAUUGAAAAAGAAAGUUCAAUCACAGGAGAUGGAAAAUGAGAAACUGAAGCUGGAACAUGUUCAGUUAUUUGAAGAAAAUAGUGGAUUGUGUGUGCAGAAUCAAAAACUAUCAGAGGAAGCUUCGUAUGCCAAGGAAUUAGCUUCGGCUGCUGCUGUAGAGCUAAAGAAUUUGGCAGCUGAAGUAACGAAACUUUCAUUGCAGAACGCAAAGCUUGAAAAGGAAUUGCUGGCUGCUCGUGAACUUAGUCACUCGAGAGGCACUCAAAUUGCCAAUGGUGGCAACCGUAAAUAUGGUGAUGCCAUGAAGACAGGAAGAAAAGGUCGAUAUUCUAGUCGUGCUAAUGAUGUUUCUGGAGGUUUUCAUGAUGACUUUGGUUCUUAUAGCUUGGAUAUGGAAGACCUCAAGAUGGAACUUCAAGCACGGAAGCAGAGGGAAGCAGCUCUUGAAGCUGCUUUGGUUGAAAAAGAAUUUGUAGAAGAAGAAUGUCGGAAAAAGGUGGAUGAGGCGAAGAAACGGGAGGCAGCUCUUGAAAAUGAUUUAGCAAAUAUGUGGGUGCUUGUCGCAAAGUUGAAGAAAGAAGUAGGUGCUGUUUCUGAGUCAAAAGCUGAAGAGAGGCUUAGUAAUGGAGAUAUUGAUAUUUCGAACGGACAGAAAGUCACCAACGUUGAGAUAAAUGGCUUCUCAAAAGAAACUCAAUCAGUGGAAAUCAACAAGACAGCACAAGAUGCUCCAAGUGAAGAGCCUUUGGUUGCUCGUUUAAAGGCAAGGAUGCAAGAAAUGAAGGAGAAAGAGAAGUAUAUGGGCAAUGGUGAGGCAAACUCUCAUCUUUGCAAAGUUUGUUACGAGACACAUACAGCUGCAAUUCUUCUUCCUUGCAGACAUUUUUGUUUAUGUAAACCUUGCUCACUGGCUUGUUCAGAGUGUCCUAUAUGCCGCACAAAUAUAGCAGAUAGAAUUUUCGCAUUCACUUCAUGACACCGCAGGUUACACUUCAGAAUAUGAAGGGGGUAUUUAAAUUUUUUUCUUCGUAUUCGCUGAUUUUCAGUGACAUGGCUGGUGAAAAUUCAUUUAUUAGUUAGCCUGUAUGUAAUUGCCCCAGGUAUAUUAUUUUUCUUUUUUUUUUUACCCUCGCUUUUUCCCUUUUCCCUCAAAGGGUUGUAAAAUAAGAACUGAAAACAAAAGGUGAAGAAUGGAGUGAGAAGAAGAGGAGAGAAAAGGAGAGGGAAAUUUACAUCAAAAAGUUGCAGACUGCUGCAUGUUGUUUGUUUUGAAGAGUGCAGCAGUUUUGUGAUGUAUACCAUGUUUAUUGUUAUUGUAUAGAAGAAACAGCGUAAGCUUCGAAAAAGGAAAAUAUGAUCUCUUCAAUCA